AUGGCCUCAUCAACAUCUCGUCGCCGCCCACCACCAGCCCACCAAGAUCCCCCACCACCACCUCCCGAAUCCUUCGCCUCUCUCUCCGCCCGCAACGACGCGGUUAAAAUCCUGCAGAGUUAUGAGAAAUUGAGCUGGUGUGCUUUUGCGAGGUGUGAAACCAUCCAACAAACCCGCCUGUACUUUCAAAACAUCGUCGCGGGAUUCAACGCGCAAGAUGAAGAGGGUAUGAUACUGUGGAAGGAGGAUUUCUCGAAACGACCGGUUACUAUUGCUCCUUCUUCUACCGCUACUGCUACUACAGCUACCAACACCACCAAUGCUGCUGUGAAUACGAGUGGUGGUGCGGAGGGAUCGAGAAAGGGAAAGGGGAGGGUUAGUUCGGGUGGCGGUGGUGGGAGGCAUUCUACUGGUGGGGAAAAGGGAAAGGGAAGGAGUGAGCGGGGUUGA